CCGGCAUUGCGGUGUUCCAUUUGUUUCGAGUUUCCAUUUGUUUUACCGUCGAAUAUAAUACCCAGAAGAAUCAUCACUUCGUGCUUUUCAAAACGUUAAAGCUGUUCCUUUACAUUUAAAUUGUAUACCUAUCAUCGUUGCUGACCCCUCUCUCUCUGUCGUAAAUCUACGACGAGAAAUUUGAAAAGAUGGAUUCGAUAACCCAACCACGGAAGGAAAUUAGUGAUUUACCAAUAGAGAUUCUUGAGAAAAUCCUCGACUAUCUGACUGUGGCCGAUCUGAAAAAUGCUUCUUUAGUGUGCCGCCAGUGGUCGCACUUGGCAUUUUCUGGUCGCAGAAUGGAUCACGUCCGCUUUGUAGUACAAAUACAAAAUCAGGAGAAAAAACCCCUCAGAGAAGGUAAACGACAGUAUCGUCAUAUUGGGUUAGGAUGCGGCAGUGAGGAUGAAAAUAUUCACAUAGAGUUCAUUCAAGCUAUAAAGGGGUUUAAAAAAAAUGUAACGAGUUUGGGUGUCCACGGGGAAGUUGAUCUGUCGCAAAUCCAGUGCAUCUUACACGACGUUCCAAAUCUGCAGGCGCUUUCGUUAAAAGGACUGUUUCGCAUACGGAGCCGUAGAUUUGAUGGUGUUAUGAUGCUGCCAGUGUUCCACCAGCUGUAUGAUCUUAAAAUGUGGCAUUAUUCGUCAUUGCUCGAGGAAACGUUUGAUAUCUGCAGCAUCGCUCCUAAUCUUCAGAGAAUCAAUAUGGACUGUCAUACAGAAAACGCUCUUAAAGUGUUCAAACACUUCAGUCAUCAACUGAAAUCGGUUAAAGCAUACUUUAAAAAAGUUGACUUAGUUGCUUCGUUUUGUAAGAUAAGUUUUCCGGAGCUACUAGAAAUCGAGGUUGAUUUAUGUUACUCGGAUAAGUUUAUUGUCUCGAGCUCGAAUUGCGCAUUCAUUGCCGAAUCAAAACGUCUUCAACGUGCUACACUAAAAUAUGCUAAAGCUGCACUGUUCGUGAACAUUUUGGUGGAACAUUGUCGGGACAUUACAUUUCUUCAUAUCUGUUCGGACGAGCUAGAAAAUCAAUGUUUAAAUGGAUUAGCAAACCUUACCAAGUUGACAAUCCUUACAUUGGAGGGAGGACUAGAUCGUAACGUAUUUGAAGAAUGCCAACCAAUUGCCUCUUUACAAGAACUUCAUCUGUUUUUUGUAUUAGAGGAAUACUGUGUGGUAUAUGAUACGUUGAAGUUCUUAAAAGGAUUACCUGCGGUGAUGCCAAACCUGAGCAGGUUAAGCAUAUCGACUUAUAUACAUGAGGUCUGGCUGCAAUUUAUCUUCAACAACAUGGUAUCUCUCAAAUGUUUGGAGCUAAAAAAUGGUUGGAUGUCUGGGGCCGGCGUACAUUUGGAUACUUUGCCUCAUCUAACUGAGUUGAGGUUGAAUAAAGUGUCUAAUUGUGAUCGUUUUCUUCAAAAUUUUCCAUCAACCAAAAUUAAAACAUUUGCGAUCACUUAUAUGGAUGAGAAUACCCUCUUGUCAAUUCCAGCAGUCUUUCCGUCACUCCGAAUCCUUCACUUGGUGGAAAGCAAUGCUCAAUCAAAGGAGUGCAUUGAAAAACUACGCUCCCUAAUGCCAUUGUGCACAGUAAUUGCAGGCAACAUAACCCCAAAACUUGAACAAUAUUAUAAGUAAAAAGUAUAGUUAUUAGUAUUAUUAGUUAUUAGGUAGCUCUCUAAUUUUCUUAAGUGCUUCGGGCAGGGAGAGAAAUGGGUCCGCUAAAUUUUCGGAUGGCUGAAAGAGUAGAAAUAAUUGACACUAUCGUACUUCCUUUCCUCACAAGUGUCGAGGUUGAGAUGAUGAGAACAUCCACGAGCCUAGUACCAAGAUGGUCAAGGUGACCGCCUCGGUUGGAUUCCGAUGAAAGUCUGAUUCUAUUCCAAAUUUCUUCAUGUUUUAUACCUAAAUGGCUUCUAUAAACUAAGAGCGCUAGCGAGAUAGAUGACCCAGAAUCCAGAAUUGGUAGUUUUAGAAAUACGGACUCAUUUUUUCUACUCUUAUGUAUUCUUGAAAGUUUAAUAUAGAAGGCAAGAAUUAUAAAAUGUGUGAAAAUCGAUCCGGUUAGCGAUUUCGGCCGUGGGUUUCGAAUCCCUAUCGAUGGUGGAACGCAUCGUCAAUGGGUUUGUCACAUUUUGUUCAGCUUUGAAUAUUUGUUUUUCUACAAACUCCAGUCAAAUCUAAUUUCAAACAUCAAAUGUGUCUUUCAUGAUGUCUAUCAUGUGAUGAAACUAGCAUUAAUUGGGUCUGUUGGUCAAACAAGAACAAAAAACAAGAAGAAUUGUAUUUACUUUUAUUAAAUAUGCAAUUUCAAAAUCCAAAAUUCAAAUUGGUUUUGAAUUGACUAAAUCCCACGUA